AAUGGAGUAAAAGUUUGACUCUUUGGCUAGCAGAGAAAGUUUUCUAGUCUGUGUGGGUGAAGGUUUCCAAAGGAGAUUAUCUUUGAUCCAGCUGCAGUCAUGGAGAAUAACCUUGAUUUUAGCAGUCAACAAGUCCUUUGCAAAGAUGUUGAGCUUGGGAAAGAAAAAGAGAAAAAGGUCAGGCAUCGGCGUUACCAAUGUGCCGCCAUAAUUCUGAGUGUGGUGUUCCUGAUAUCGGCACUUAGCAUCUUUAGCCUGGGAUACAUAUGGAGCGCGAGCCCUCCGAAGGUGUAUGAUCAUCAAUAUAAAGCUGUACUGGAUGGAAUGGAGACUGAAAGUAUGAUGGAAAUCCAUCCAGCUGAACGCUUCGAGAUGUUUAAGAUGGGAAAUGGCACCGAUGAGGUCCUAGAGGUGCACGACUUCAAGAACGGCAUAAUGGGAAUCCGCUUUGCCAAGCACCAAAGAUGCUACAUCAGGGCUCAGACUAAAGAAAUACCCAAGCCGGCUGAAGUGGACACAAAGGCUAUCAAUGUAGAGGUGGGUGAGGUGAGCGAGGUAGAUAUGCAGGUGGUGGACUCACAGAUAUGGAUCCCCGCUGAGGAACCCAUCUCCAAUCGAACAUUUCUGCUCAAUUCCAAAAUCUGGGAGGUUUGCCAGGAGUUACCAAUGCACUGGAUACAUCCAUCUCCUCUCAGAGAUGCUGAGUUUCAUGAUGUGGAAGAUGUUGAGGAGAUGGCAGAGCUGGAGGCAAGAGGGCCACGUCAGACCAGAGAUGUCAUGGACCAGCUACCAGUAAACGACUAUAGAGAAAUUGGGUUGGAACUGGACAACAGCCUAGACGAGCAGGGCUACUGCUGCCAGUACUGUCGACGCGGGUACCGUUACUGCCGGCGAUAUUACGAGCCCCUGGGUGGCUUUUGGCCAUAUCCCUACUAUUACCAAGGAGGACGGGUCAUCUGUCAGAUUGUCAUGCCUUGCAACUGGUGGAUAGCAAGGAUGCUGGGACGAAUCUGAGGAAGAGAGUCUGAAUGAAUGGUGCUACAGUAUACUGCUCAGGAGAAUGCAGUUUCAUUUGUGUGAAACAUCACAUAUGCUAAAAUGUUAUUCUUUGUCUAAAACAUCUUAUGGUCAUAUAUGGGUAUGUUAUGUAUUAUGUGUCCUUAAUUUUUUUAAUUGAAUAACCAUCAUUUAUUAUUUUAGGUCAUGUAACUCUUUAGCAAAGUUUUAUACUAUGUUUUAUCCAGUUUUAACUUUGCUAGCUAAUUUUAUAUGCAAUUUGAUAUUUUUUGAAGAUAAAAGUACAACAAAAUGUUUUUUUGAAUUAAUUUUAGUGCAUUAUACACCGCAUUUUAAAUUAUUAUGCACAUCCCAUAUUUGUUUCUUUUUCCAUACAGUCAGUAAGUUUAGAAAUUUGAUUUUACCCUUAACAGUUAUAUGACAGUGUGGAUGUUAUUCUAUUUAAAUUAAAUUAAAGUGUCAAAAUAUACUUUAAUAGCCUACUUUGAAAAAAAUGUGAAAAAUGUGCUGUUACAAAUGAUUAACUCUUUCCCCGUCAGCGUUUUUUUUAAAAAUUGCCAGCCAGCACCAGCAUUUUUCAUGAUUUUCACAAAAGUUAAAUGCCUUCCAGAAAAUGUUCUUCUUUAAAUAUAUAAACAAAUAAUAUAUCAAAUGAAAGAACAGACCCUCUGCUUUAAAAAAAAAAAAAGUUUUAUCCUACCUUCAUUAAUCGUUCAAAAAUGGGUAGGUUUCUUAAAAAACACUCAAUUUUAAGCAAAAAGCGGAGAUAACUAAUUUUGUGAAGGACUUUUGAUAAAGAUCAGAUGCAAAGCGAUCUUUAAAACAUACACAGAGUUCUUUCUCUUUCACGUGAAGUGCUACUUCCGGGUUGUAUAAGUUGCGGAUGUGCGCCACUGGUGGAUCAUAGCGGUAUUGCGGAAAGCCGGAAAUUCUCUUCAUUGGCAGGGAAGCGUUUUCUCUUAAUUGACAAGUUAUCUUGCCACCUCCGGCAUAAUGGAAAGGUCAAGGGCGUUAUAUCAUAUCUGCCGUAUCAAGAACGUGAGUUAUCUUGUCAAUGGCAGCAAAAGAGUUAAGCAAGUUGUAGUUCCCCUACAAUAUGGGUAUGAAAAAAUAUCUUUCUAAACACAAAAAGUAUGCAUUAUCUUAAAAAAGCAAAUUACUUCCAAUAACAAUUUAUAUUUGGUGGAUCUAAAAAGAAAUUAUUUAACUGUUUUAAGAUUUAUGAGUGAUUCAAAGUAGGCUACAGAAAGAUUUGACCAUAUAAAGGCUUUUAAAACUUAUUUUUUUACUUAAUAUUAGGAAAAGGCACCAAUAAAAAGCCAAAGUUAAGAAGCAAACAUGUAUUUAAACCUGCUGGUGUCUCUGAAAUCCCAAGAACCCCUUUAAUACAGGAUCCUUUAGUGCAUAAAGCUGUAUUUCUAUCACUCCCCCAAACCAAAACUUGCAAAAAUGUAACAUUUGCUGUGAACUCAGAAUACAAGAAGACUAUUUUCAAACUGUUUUAUUCAUUGACAUGCCAUAAUACACUGAAUAAUGUAGAUGAAUGCCAUUCUGGAUUGUUGCUGAAUAGCCACUAUAUUGAAACAAGACAUGUGACAUAGGGAAAGGUGGCAGAGUAAUGAUUUGGGCUGGAAUAUUGGGAAGUAAGAUGGCAGGUCCCUUUAGGGUCCCUGAGGGUGUGAAAAGGACAUCUAGAAGAUAUGUAGAGUUUUUGAAAGAUGUUAACUUUGGGAUAUUAAGGGAAUCGUGUCUUCUGAAAUAAAUUUACUUUUAUGGAGGAUAAUACCCCAUGCCCCAAAAAGCCCCACUGACUAUUUUAAUGAAUAUGGGCAUAAAAUAAGAAAGAAAUCAAGGUAUUACCGCCAUCAUCCUCUGACCUUAGUCCUAUUUAAGAGCCUGUGGGGCUUCAUAUAUGAAAGAUCUGAGAGUUGGACAGCACUAUAAUCCCAAACAUCAACUUAGGGAUGCAAUACUAGCAUCUUCAAGUAAAAUAAAGACGAAACCUUUACUUGUAUGCUUUAAUGAAAGGGAAAGUUAAAGUCAAAGAUAUGCUCCUACAUUAUAUUAUGUAACUUGUGUAUAAACAUAUUUUUUUUUACUUUGUGUUUUUUUUCUGGACAAUGUUUGUUUUGGGUCCAUGCAGCACAUUUGAUCUGUUUUUGGAUCAUUAUAAUCCAUUAUAUCAUUAUAAAUUUGGUAAAGUGCAUUCUGCAUAAUAAUUUGGAACAGCAUAUUUUUCAAAGUAUUAAAGUAUCUUUUGAAUUUUUUUUAUUUCAUUUAAAUAGAAUAACAUCCACAUAUAUAACUGUUGAGGGUAAAAUAAAAUUUGUAAACUUACUGACUGCAUUGGAAAAAUAAACAAAAAUGGCAUGUGCAUAAUCAUUUGAAACAUGGGGUAGUACAGCAUACUGCAAAUGUCACUGCAUGUCAUGGCAACUACCAAUAUAUAAUUCUCUUUUAAACGCUGCUGCAUUCUGUUUGAUUGCUUGUUUUGUAAGAACAGAUUAAGUAAUCUUGAUCUACACUGUCAGAAAAAAUUGUCAAAAUACUCCAGAUGCCACUGGGGCUUGUACCCUUUCAAAAAGUACAGCAUUGCACCUAAAGAGUUCAUAUUAGUAUAACUGUAAGGUACUGGAACCAUAUGUAUACAAAUCUAAAAUGGACCUUUAAAAUGUUCUGCAGUAACAGCUGGGAUACAUAUUUUGACUAUUAUUUCUAACAGUGUACCAUGAUCCUAAAAUGCAAAACAGAAACUUGCCCAGCAUGGUAGUCAGUUCUGUACAAUCCAUGCAGGCCAAACAUUAUCACUCAGUAAACAGAAAAUUAAUUGUUUUAAUUUCAUUUUGCGUGUGUUGGUGUGUGUAGCUGUGCAUGUCAAGGCCCUUUCUAAGGGUUCUUUAUCUAGUCUUAUAUUGUACAGUGGAUGCGAGGCAUUGGAAACCAUAAGUGAGUAUAAGUGAAUUUACAGCUUUUUGCAUGUUUAUGUUAAGAAAUAUUAUUUUAAUGUAUUUACGCUGAAAUAUGACUGCUUAGUUUUUACAUCCACAAAGUCCCUGUAGAACUUUGAAAAUAUGCAUCUUAAAAGCUGUUUUGGUAGAAGUGAAGAUCACAGAUCAAACAGCUACAUUAAAGUGGUGACAUUGCUAACACCAUAAUUGCACAUCUAAGAUUUUCAAUCAGUUCUCUGAUCUAACCGUAUGCUUUAUAAAAUUAAUUUGUGUAGUUUUUACACAUCUUUGUUUUUGUUCCUUUUGAAUUAAAUUUUAGUAAAAGUUUUAUUGUCUGCUACUAA